GCGUGAUUACUAUUGGUCAGCUGACACUGAGGGAAAAUUAAAACGGACGUUAAGACACACUCAGGGCAACAUUUGUUUUUUCCAGUGCUGCUACUUAGGUUCCACGGUUGAGGGGAGAUGGGAGAUGUACCUGAGGUUCAAGUCACGCCCGAAACACCUGGACGACCAGUAAUUCUCAACCCUUUUGAAAGCCCUAAUGAUUACCAUCGUUUGCUUGAGCCCGUUGUUGCCAGUCCCUCAAUGUUUAAGUCUUCGAAAUGUCCAUCAGUUGUAAGUACACCUGCCAAGUUUAAAUGGUCCAUAGAUGAAAUGGCAAGUUUGCUGCCUGUUGAAAUUGAUCCUGAAGACAUCCAACGUCAGUCCCUGUUUUUAAGUCGAACCAGGACUGAUAAACUGAUUGAGGAAAAAAGACAAUAUGCGAUUGAACAGUUUUUCACAAAGAAAACAAUCGUUCCUUCACCUUGGAGUGAAGUAGAAGAUAAAGGACCAUCGCAGAUGCCGUAUGAAAUCAAUUCAAUUUCCCCAAGGAUUUCUGAAGAAAAUUGUCCUGAGGGGAAAUGCAAUGCUACCUGUCAAACUGCACUAUCUUUACCUGUUGAUUUCAAUCUUCAAAAAAUAUUAGGAGAUUACUACAGAAUGGAAGAGGUUUCAGAGCAAGCUCAGGAGAGCUUAAGUUCUUCUUCCCUGCGGCGAAAGCUAUUUCUUGAUGGAAAUGGGAGUGGAUCAGAGUCGUCUGCACCCUCCAGUCCAGAGCAAAGCCCCCAAAACAAAUUUCAUGGAAAAAGUGGGCCAUUGGGUUCUGUUAAUGCCUCGCCACUGCACUGUGGAAUCGCAGCCCUGACACCAUCAUCUGGGCAGUUCUCAUCCAGUCCAAUCCAAGGCAGGUGCAGAAAUUAUAGCUUGGGCAGUGUGACCAGUCCUAUGCUUCCUGAAAAUUCAUCCCCUAGUUUUAAGUCUCCCAUGUUGUCCCCCAUUGUUCUCCAGUAUGUGAAAACUCCAUUGUCUGGUGAGAGGAAGAAAUUAAGCUUCACAACCCCAGACAGAAUUGCUCUGGGAAGUCCCAACAUUAAUAAUUGUACCGUGAGUCCUUUUGUUGAGGGAUGCUCUCCUAUUAAAAGCUGUUCUCCAGUUCAAAGCCGAGGCAGUGCUUGGGUGCGGCCUCAAUACAGGACCUCCCCUUUACAGAUGUCACCUACUGUUGAUAAGGAAAACAUUCACCCUGACAGCACUAUGCCCACAAGUGAGCUAGAUGUGAGCUCGGCCCCUAUGCCCUUCCACUCUGGAAAAUAUAAAGCAGCCUUGCAAGACAUAAUUGAACUUGAUGACAGUGAUGUGGCAGUCCCAAAACUAGUGCAAGUGAAACAAGGGGAUAAUGACACAGUGAAUAUGGGGGAACCUGCUGAAACUCAGGAAGAUUAUAGCACCUGGUCAAGGGACGAGGUGGACAGCAGCCCUAUGCGGCUAACCAGCUCUAGGACAGGAAGCAUGACAAACAUGGAGAACUCUAAUAUGUUUGUCUCCAUGUUGGCUGAAGGGAGCACCAUGCCCUAUGACAGCAGUAUGCAGGUGGACAGCGGUUACAAUACAUAUUCUGUUGCUCCAAACAGCAUGAUGGAUGGGGGUAGUUCUGACAGUCAGACAAAGGAAUCACCUGAUGCACAUGUAUCACAGGAAGCUGUUUUAUUCACUAAAAGUCAACAUGUUAAGUCAAAGAUGUUAAAUGUGCACCACUGAUAAUGAAGUUGAAGCUGCCCACAUCACGUCCGGGUUGUUGCUCGACAUGAAAUCACAAAAUGACUUUAAUGGCACUCGUGCAAAUGUGAAUUUCUAUUACGUGUAUAGUGUUCCUUAUUUGCACAAGCUUGUUCUCCCUCCUGACUUACUGGUACUGGUGGGAAAAUGAGGUUUGAUACCUUGAAUAAUUACUAGUCCACCUCCCAGUAGCUGCUUGAUUGUGAUUUCCAAGAAUUUCACCUAAUGUUUGUUUCAAUUAUUCCAUCACUAUGGAUGUGACUUAUUUUAUUUUUUUUAAUUAUGAACCUGUUAAAUGAAAUUACGAUUAUUUUUGUAUCUUAAUUUUUUGUACAAUAUAUUGGGGCAUGAAAUGGAACAUAUAGUUAACUUGAAUUCUUUGCUAAGAAUCCAAUUUUGUAAAUUCUUUAGUGCUCCUAUUCUUGGACCACUAAUUACUACAUAUAUAUAUAUAUUUUAAUCAGUGUCGUAUUUUAUUAAAUCUAGUGAAAUAAAGCAUUCUGACACUGGAGAUACACUAUGGAGCAUCACUUUUUUCCUCCCCUUUUAGUAAAAAUCUUUUCAAUAGUUUGGUAACAACCGAAAUGUAUUCAGCAUGUAUGUUUUUGUUACUGAUACACUUACCACUAUAUAAAUAAAUGUUUUACGGUUA